AUGAGACAGAGCACAGGGCUCAAUAAUAUUCUGGUGAAGAUGAAGCACCGGCCACAAAGGUCGCCAGUCGGAGUAGUAUUUUCGCAAGCGUUUGAUAGGAGACACGGAGAGCGUACAAAUGUCAAUAAUGGCGUGAAAAAGAACGGAGUGGUGAGCACCGACCACAAAGAUCGCCGUUUCAGUUGUGUAAUUGUGUUUCCGGCAUUAGCUCUUUUUUCCGAAGCUUUUGAAAAAGUACAACUAUGCUUGGUAUUCAACUUGGAGUUGAAAUUUGAUGAUUACAUUGUCUAUGAACAAGAGUAUCUCAUCAAAGUUCUUCAAAUCAUCAUGAAGGUAGUAUACGAAUACACAUAA